GUGGUAUCAGCGGCUGCACAUGUGGAGUGACGGCGGUGCCUGAACACGACUGAGGCAACGCAGAGGAAUACAAGGACAAUUAUGAAAAGCUUUCUUUUGCCAGAAUUUAUCGCGUUGGCGCAUUGUGUUUUUACAUUUAUUUAUCUUAUAUCAGUCUAAUUCAUUCGUGAAAGUAACAGAGUUGAUUCUACAAGGCGGGAGAGGUGAAAUACCUUAACACACAACAUCGGGAAGUAUUAGACUGGACGAAGGCUGUGCAUCUCAACUACCGGCAACUUAUCUUGUGAAAAAUCUCUAUCAAUUAAUGCGCCUUAUCUGGAAUAACAGUACAGGAGAAAAUGCAUUGGAGGCAGCGAUAUUAUCUGCCAAGUUAAGCAACGGGGUUGACACUGAAAUCUGGAUUACCGGUGAUACUCUUUUGGGCGAACACAGGACUACGGGCUUCCUCUUGCCGUAAGCUUCACCUCGGUCCCGUGGCCAGACUACGUCUCGGUCGAUGGUGAGGGGAUCCAUGCCGUCUCAAAGGGAGAGGAGAGGAGCGCUGUCCCGUGCUGGAUGGAUGGUUAUGGGGAAAGGAGCAGGACCUUCGGCGCUAGAAGUCGGCAAGAUCCUCGCUGUGUUUCUUUAUCUCUUUCCUGCAGUGAGCCUACAGUGUAAAAUCCUCAAGUGUAACUCGGAAUUCUGGGCCGCGACGACGGGUUCCGAGCCGGAGGGGGACGUGGAGUUCUGCACGGCGCUGCGGGCCUACAACGGCUGCGUGCGCCGGACGGCCCGGACCUGCCGCGGCGACCUGGCCUUCCACCUGGCCCAGCAUGGCAUCGAGGACCUGAUGAGCCAGCACAACUGCUCCAAGGAGGGUCCCACGACCCCGCCCCGCACCAAGCCCCCGCCGCCCCCGACCCGGCCGCUGCCUCCCCAGACUCACGGAGACGACCCGGACGGCCCGGACGGCCCGGAGGUGUGCCACUAUGAGCGCAGCCUGCCGCGCCACUCGGCGCCGCCCAACUACACCCACUGCGGCUUCUUCGGCGACCCGCACCUGCGCACGUUCACCGACGACUUCCAGACGUGCAAGGUGGAGGGCGCCUGGCCGCUCAUCCACAACAAGUACCUGUCGGUGCAGGUGACCAACACACCUGUCAUCCCCGGCUCCUCCGCCACCGCCACCAGUAAGCUGACAAUCAUUUUCAAGAACUUCCAGGAGUGUGUGGACCAGAAGAUGUACCACGCCGAGACAGACGAACUCCCGGCGGCCUUUGCCGAUGGCUCGAAGAACGGUGGUGAGCGUCAUGGUGCCAACACCCUGCGGAUCAUCGAGAAGGUUCCGGGCCAGCACGUGGAGAUCCAGGCGCGCUACAUCGGCACCACCAUCGUGGUCCGGCAGGUCGGUCGCUACCUGACGUUUGCCGUGCGGAUGCCCGAGGAGGUGGUCAACUCCAUGGAGGACCAGGACAAUCAGGACCUCUACCUGUGCCUGCACGGCUGCCCUAACAACCAGCGAAUCGACUUCAGGACAUUCAGGGCCCACGCCGCGGAGAGUCAGGCCCGGGGCCGGGCCAGGCCCGGCAGCCCCGGUAGCCCUCCGCAGCCUGGCUUCACCUACCAGGCGGCCGUCGCCAAGUGCAAAGAGCGCCUCCCUGUGGAGGACAUGUACUUCCACUCCUGCGUGUUUGACCUGCUGUCGUCGGGAGACAUCAACUUCACCCUGGCGGCCUUCUACGCCUUGGAGGACGUCAAGGUGCUCCACUCCCACAAGGACAAGCACCACAUCUUCGAGAGGGACCCGCGCUCAGGGACCGCGGGGCUCCAGGGCUCGUACUCGGCCCUCGUGCUGCUUCUCAGCCUGCUGGCUUCGGUGCUCUGGACGGAGGGUUGCUCAACACACCUAUAGUCCACCACCGCGACCGUCAUCUUCAUCGUCGUCAUCUUCAUCGUCCAUGUGAUGGCUGUGGGAGAGCCUGUGUGUGUCCGCAUACCGCCCGGUCUCGGCCGCGUCACGUCCAGUAUGUCGGAGGCAGAGCCCUUGCACUGGCGCGCCCCCUCACUCCCAAUCCCAAGGUGGCGGUAGUGAGCUGGGGGGGGGGGGGGAGAUUCCAGGUGGGUUCGGCGCCGGGUCAUCUCACUCUCUCCAGCCAUGGACUCAUUCAUGUUCAUUGUGGUUCGUUAUGCGCCGAGGGGGAACAGUAAACGUUAGUAUUCGUCAAGUCGGACUCGGGAGUGUGAGAUCCCCACGGUCUCCUUGCUUGUCAUCACGCUGCUGUUGCCGGCCUCAAGAGACACGGUUGUGAUGAGGAGGAACUGUAGUGAGAGAGCCCCCCCCCCUUGUCUUCCCUCUUCCCCGGACACACUCCAUCCCUCCCCACCUCUGUCUGCCGAGAGCUUGGAUGUCCAGCUUCGGAUUUAAUCCCUCGUUCCCAGAGAGGCCAAGUGGCCCACGGGAGACGAUGAUGGGAUUGGGGAUGAUCCUCUGUGGAAAGAAGGACAUGUUUUUUCCCUUUCGCUCCUUCUAUCCCUCUAUUUUUAACUCGCAUUGAGGAUCUCCUCCUUCACUGGUGCCAAGUGAGUGGAGUGGUUGUAUUUGGCCCCUGGUGUACAGUAUCUAUCUGUGUGUGUGUGUGUGUGUGUGUGUGUUGGUGGGGAUGGGGGAACCAGGGGAGGUUGACCAUGACAGGAGCUGUUAUUAACCUCUGCUGAAGGAGAGGGCCUUCCCUGAGCUUCCUGUUUGAUGAGCCUCCAGAGCUGGAGGAGGCCGGAGCAGAGCUCGCUGAGAGAGGGAGCCCCUAGCCAGAGGGACGUCAGAGCAACGAGCCUGCUUGUCUGCAGCGGAGAUUAAUUGGCCGUAACGCCAGGUCCUUUUGUGUGUGUGUGUGUGUGUGUGUGUGUGUGCACGUCUGUGCAUACGUGUGUGUGUGUGUGUGUGUGUGUGUGUGUGUUCCUUAGAACUGUAGAAUUGUAGUUUGGAGACAUAUUUGCUAAUGUCUUUAUACUGCACCCAGGGCUUCAAUAUAGUGCCGGCCUGGUGGUCUAAGGUCACUCUCAAUGGCCUUUGUCUGCCAAAAAACUUUUGCCAAAGUGAAUUGGCAGACGGAUUGGAAAAAAUUUCCUGCUUCACCGUUUCCAUGUGUCAAUAACAGUGUCAAAGAGAUUUUUUUUUGUCAAAGAAAAUACACCCACAUUACAUUGGUGCUUAAAUCUCAAAAAUAUUUAUUGCUCAGUUUGAUUGGAGUUUAUGUGGACUUCUUUCAACCUCUAACAAAAAACAAGCCCAGAGAGCAAGCACAUUUGGGGCACAGAGGAAAGGCAGGCUGCCAUAUGAACAAUAUGUUUACAGAAUUUUUUUUCUGGAAUGAAAAAUCCCAUCGAUCAACUGAACAGAAAGCCUCCAUUACUUAAAUCCCAACAUGGACGCAGCCCAGCCAGCCCACAGCUGCCAGAUCUUUUUUUUUAUUUUUGUUCUCCGACUCAAAGUUGUUGGGUCGGUUUACAGUCACUGUGCUGUGGAAGAUGUCCAGUUGAGCAAAGGGGGACUGGCCAAGCGUAAACCGUGACUGGGCAGGGUUGGAAGGGACGCACGACCCCACGGGCAGACUCAUUCAUCUUCCUGACUGCUUUGCGGAAAAGAAGAAAAGUGCCCCCUCUCUCUCUCUCUCUCUCUCUCUCUCUCUCUCUCUCUCUCUCUCUCUCUCUCUCUCUCUCUCUAUCUGUCUCUAUCUCUCUAUUUUCGUAAAAAGGGGUGUCAACGUGGCUGUGCUGUAGGCCUCUCUUGACUCACAACUUUGCAGAUCUGUGAAUUUAUGGCUGAGGCCCUUUGCCAAAGAACCAGCCCCGGUGCCAACAAUUUUCCCCAAACAUCUGAGUUCUUUCUAGCUCGCUCUCGCUCUCCCACUCAGUCUCUCUCUCUUUCUACAGUCACACUCACCCUUUCUAUCUCUUUUUUACUCGCCCUCCCUCUCUCUUUACCUCCUCAUCUCUCUCUCUCGCUCUCUCUCUUUGGGAAUCUUCAUGGUUCACCUAAGUAUUUGGACUCCAACCAGACGUCCUGAUUGUGUAUAAUACUGGAAGGUGCUGCUAAAAGAAAUCAGUGGAUGGAAUUGAGUUUGUGCGCUGUAUGCACAAGAGGAGAUCUAACAGAGUGUAUAUGUCAGCCAAGCUCGGCUUAUCCACAGAUCGUCCUCACCACUACUUCCAUUGGAAAAGAGGCAUCGGCCCGUGUUUUUUUCCCUGUUACUGUCUCUUCCAGCACCAUUUGUUUUAAACAUGAAGUCAGAGUUUUUAAAAGAAACAGUCGUGUGGAGAUCGGGGAGGUUUAGUUCAAUGUUUAUAGCACUAAAAAACGUCUGCUGUAUUAAGAAAAAUACAUUCUCUGCUUCUGGGUACCUCUUAAUAUCAAUGCUAAUGUUAGAACAACAUGCCCACUCCCAUGUCAAACUUCAUUAUCAGGUCAUUGUGAUGCGGUAGAAGCUUAGAUCAACACCCCAGGCAAGUUGAAAGUGCACGUCGCUCCCUGAUUUGCAAGUAGAUUUGCUGAUGGAAAUUGGCCCAUGGUGUAUAUUCAGUCUCACAGCGUGGAUUUUUGUAUCCCAUUAAAUCCCACAUUAAGACACCCGGCGUCUGCCUGAAUAAAACUCCCAACUGAAUCACCUCCAUGCUGAGGUGGUACGAUCCAACUUUUUGCCGACAAAUGUAUUCUAGAUCUGUUUGUCUGAGGUGAACAUCUCAGAGGGUAUGCUUACACUGAAACAUCAGGCAGGCGAUACUACUGCUACCCAAGCAUGUGCCAGUGCGGAUUUAAUUUAGUCUGUAAGACAAGCUAACAAAAAAGGAUAUCAAACAACUAAAUGAUUGUAAUGUGGACUUUUUGUGUUGAUGGGUGUACUUUGUAAAGUCGAUUUCUAUCAAUGGAUGGUUCUUUGUGUGUAAUGUGAGUCUGUACAUAGGUUUGUAAAAGUUGUUACAUUUGAAAAAGAAUAGUGUUUAUUUGUUGUUAUUUUUUUGUAAAUCUUGACAUUUUAUAUAUGUGAGUACAGUGAAUGUGACCUUUUAUUUAAAAAGAGAAAAGGUUCUAUGUAUGUGAAACAACACACCAAAUGUUAACCAACCUAACAGAUCUAAAACAAAUCAGAACUGAACCAUAUUCAAAAAUAGGAAAUUCAAUGGUGUUUUUCGUUGUUGUUGUUUUCAUUAUGGAAGAAGCACUUUAUAUUUUUGUUUGUGUUUAGCUCUUACUUGUCAUGAACUUGAUUGUGAAUAGAGCUAAUCAAAGUUGUAAAGCUAGGAAAGAAUAAAAACACAAAAUCUAAACAAAACAAAAUCUAAAUGUAUUACAGAGUGGGUUUUGCCAGAGAGAUCAAACUGGGCUUGUAUGUAGGACUAAAGUGGAGCCUCAUGCUACCUGUACAUAUUGUAAAUUAUUUAUUGAGCGAAAAUAAACGGUCUUGUCGAUUUGUUUUUGAAA